GGCUGAAGCCGGAUUUUCUCAGGACCAGUUCAGCUGUCCAUUGUGUCUGGAUCUACUGAAAGAUCUAGUGACUAUUCCCUGUGGACACAGUUACUGUAUGAGCUGCAUUACAGACCACUGGAAUCAAGAGGAUCAGAAGAGAGUCUACAGCUGCCCUCAAUGCAGAAAGACCUUCAGACCAAGACCUGCUUUAAAUAAAAGCACCAUGCUGGCUGAAGUGCUGGAGAAACCAAAGAUGAUAAUUCAAACUAUUGUUCCUGUUGAACAACAUGAGAAUCUCUUAAAAGGUAAUAGACAUAACUUGAUGAACGCCACUGGACAACCUCAGAAGAUGAUGUGUCGUCAACAUGGUAAACCGCUAGAGAUUUACUGCCGCACUGACCAGCAGUGUAUUUGUGUGUUCUGUGUGGUGGAAAAACACAUAAAUCAUGAGACUGUAUCAACUGCAGCAGGGAGGACCGAGAAACAGAAACAAUUGGAUGAGACACAGGGAAAAUUUAAGCAGCAAAUCCAGGAGAGGGAGAUGAAGCUUUGGGAGCUGAAAGAGGCUGUGGAGUCUCAGAAGCGCUCUGCACAGACAGCAGUGGAGGACAGUGAGAGGAUCUUUACUGAACUCAUCAGCUCCAUUGAGAGAAGAUGUUCUGAGGUCACACAGAUGAUCAGAGACAGAGAAAAGGCUGUAGUGUGUCAAGCUGAAGGACUCAUGGAGCGACUGGAGCAGGAGAUUGAUGAACUGAGGAAGAGAAACUCUGAGCUGGAGCAGCUUUCACACACAGACGAUGACACCCAGUUCCUCUGGAGAUUUCCGUUUCUGUAUGAUCCUCCUGACUCUCUAGACAUUUUCAGCAUCACUGUCAGUUCCUAUGACGAUGUAAGAGAAUCUGUCUCUCAACUGAGACAGAAACUGGAUCAUUUCUGCAGAAAGGAGAUUGAAAAGAUGUCUGGAAGAGGGAGAUGCAUUCAGUCUGUUGCCAACGCUGAAUUUGAGAGCAGAAAAGAGCUCCUGGAGUAUUUCUGUCGUUUCAAUGUGGAUCUAAACACAGUGCAUAAACACCUCCAGCUGUCUAAGAAGAACAGAGUGAUUGCCAACACUAACGUAGAUCAGCGCUAUCCUGAUCAUCCAGGCAGGUUUGAUUAUUGGUGGCAGGUGUUGUGUGCUGAGAGUAUAUGUGGACGCUGUUACUGGGAGGUGGAGUGGGAUGGGACUCAUGAUGUGGGUGUAUCAGUGUCAUACGAGAGCAUCAGAAGGAAGGGACGGGGUGAUGAGUGUAAAUUUGGAUAUAACGCUGAAUCCUGGAGCUUGGACCGCACUAUCUCCGGUUACCUAUUCUGUCACAAUAACAAACAAACGAAACUCCUUACAGAGCCUGGUUGCUCUAGAAUAGUGUAUGUGGAUCAAAGCGCAGGAAUUCUGUCUUUCUACAGCAUCUCUGACACAAUAACCCUCCUCCACAGAGUCCAGACCACAUUCACUCAGCCUCUCUAUCCGGGAAUUAGAAUUGGCUUUCCAAUUAUUUAUAUGGCCUACUUUUUAUCAUGUACAUUAGUAAAACUACUAAAUAAAUGA